AUGAAGACCUUUGCUUCUAUCGCAUUGCUUGCUGCAAGUGCUACAGCUGAGGUGAUUGAGAGUGCAAGCUUUGGCUAUGGCAAAACUAUUUCUCCAAGCCGAGACUCGAUUCCGGGAUGGAAUAUCAACGGGGAAGGCUUUGACACAUCCUUGUUAUCCGACAAACUCAUCUUAACCCCUCCCUACCCCGGAAACGUGCGAGGAUCAGCCUGGGCCCAGAACCCUUUUCCCCAGCCUGAAUGGGCCGCCGAAUUCCAAUUCCGAGCUACCGGUCCCGAGCGAGCUAGCGGCAAUCUCCAAUUAUGGUACACCAAGGAUGGCCAGGCUCGCGUGGGCACUUCCAGCAUUUACACCGUGGACCCCUUCGACGGAUUUGCUCUUGUGAUUGAUACACAUGGUGGAAGGGGUGGAAGCAUUCGUGGAUUCUUGAAUGAUGGAACUACAGACUACAAGACUCACCGUAACGUUGAUAGCCUGGCAUUCGGACACUGCGACUACGCAUACCGAAACUUGGGUCGUCCAUCGGUGGUGAAGCUCAAGCACACAAACUCGUUCUUCGAGGUUACCGUCGACGACAAGGUCUGCUUCUCGACCGACAAGGUCGCUCUUCCAUCUGGAAACACAUUCGGUAUCACGGCCGCAACUCCCGAGAACCCCGAUUCCUUCGAGAUCUUCAAGUUCAUCCUGGAAUCCGCGGCCGGCCAAAUCCCCCAGGGAACCCCCCAGCAGGAGCAGCAAGAGAAACAGCAACAGCCCAUAGUGAAGCAGGAGAUUCCACCGGCCCAAGCAGGCUCUGUGAAGGACUACUCAACCCAGUUCUUCGAACUGGGCAACCGCAUGCAAGCCCAAAGCAAAGCCACCAACAGCAUUAUCCAGGAUCUUAAGUCGCAGUUCUUGAAGUCUGAGACCAGACACGAUGAGAUCCUUCGCAACACCGCAUCAAGGGAUCAGCUCAAUUCCCUCGAUGCUCGCCUCCAGCGCAUCGAGACUCUGCUGCAGAAUAUCCAGCGGGAUCUGGAGGGCAAGGACUACAGCAGUCGCUUCACCCAGCUCCAGGAUACUCUGCGAUCUUCGCAUCUCAGCCUGAGCGAGAACUUGCAGGGACACUUCCUCAAUGCUAUUACUGCCUCAAGCCCUCGUAUGGGCUUCUUUAUUUUCCUGGUCAUCGCAUUCCAGAUCCUUCUUGCUGUUUCAUACGUUGUCUACAAGCGUCGCCGUGCCAACAUGCCCAAGAAGUUCCUCUAG